AUGCCAAAGCGAUGCAAUCCUUUCGGAGAUAAUUUAAGUCCCCAACUAAAGAUCCAUGUGCGGGAGAAGGAAGUAAACAGAGGAGUGAAUCACCAGACACAGAUGCAGUCAGUUUAUGACAGAACACAGGAGCUGCUGUUUGCUGGAAUGAAGGAGAUGCGGGACAGACAUCUACCUCUCGAUGUCAAUGAGAAUUGUCUGCCCCGUAUCGAAGUCGACAAAGCCGAGAAACUGGACCGGAAGCAGAUGCAUUUAAACAAAAGUUGCCAGUUAGUAGAUUCACCAGCUCUAAUGGACAUGGAUACAGACUCUAACAGUUGCCAGGACUCCAUGUUGCAGCACCCACUGACCCAUAACUUGGAGACCAGUAUAACUGAUGCUGUUGGAGCACAUGCUCCUGAAAGCUGCAGCUUGGUCUUACCAUCCUUUGGGAAAAGCUUUGUUAGAAGUCCUGCUGAAUAUAGUCCUAUGUGCGUUCAUUCACCAGUUUCGUCAUCAUCAUCAUCAUCACCAUUAUGCCUGGGGCCUGUACGUGGUGCUUCAGCUUUGAGUACAAGUAAUGCUUUUUCCUUCAUGAAACAGGCAAAUUUACAGAAGGAUCCAGUUAUAGAAGCCAGUGUGAUACAUAAUGCAUGCCCUAACUGCAGGCAGUCUGUCAAAGCCCAGGAUGUUGCCAGGUGCCAGUUUUGCGAGAAGAGCGUCUGCUGUGCCUGUUUACGGCAGUGUGCUGGUUGCCUUCUAUGUUUCUGUCAGUUGUGUUCGGUGGUGAA